CCUGUGCUAGCCCGUUAGCACGCUAGCCGUCCGGCCAUGUCGUCCCCCUCCUCCUCCAGGCGCCAGUGGUGCUACCUCUGCGACCUGCCCAAGAUGCCCUGGACCGUGGUGUGGGACUUCAGCGAGGUGGUCUGCCGCGGCUGCGUCAACUACGAGGGAGCGAACCAGAUCGAGUUCCUGAUCGCGAGCGCCCGCCAGCUGAAGCGGACCCACGGCAUGCAGGACGGGAACGUCAGGUCACCUGGUCCGUCGCCCAAUAAGCACAGCGGCUCGGCCAGGGGAGAGGCGCCUUCCGACGGAGGCAGGCAGCACGGCGAGCGCUUCGACCGGGGAGGGAGAGGCGAGAGCGCCGCGUCCGCCAUCCGCGUGCCGCCCAACGGGCUGCACCGCGACGGCCAGCCGCCCCAGGAGGUGAACCGCCAGAGCCCCAGCGGCAGCCGGAGACCGAUGCUGGGCGCCGCCAUCCCUCCCAGCCUGGUGGGUCAGAGCAUCGCCGGGAUUCCCCACGGGCUGCUGGCGAGCAUACCGGGGGGUCUGACCACCAGGACGCCCCCCAUGAGCAGCCAGAUGAUCUUCCCCGCCCCGGUGCUGGCGGAGAUGAGCCGCAGACAGCUGGGGAUCGGGAUGGGGAUCCCCCCCUUCAUCACUCCGGAGCUGGAGCGGGAGCUCAGCUCUUCCCAGAACCAGCCCAAGGCGCAGAGCCAGGCCCACUCUUCGGCUGGCAGCAGCAAGAGCGCCAGCAUGGCCUCUGUGUCCUUCUCCAUGGCCGGCGGAGUGAGCCAGACCAGCCCCAAACCGGCCUCCUCUCCGGCCAGGCAGCCGCGGCCCCUCACGGCCAGGUCUGGAGGGGAGCCGCUGGGGUCCAGCACCUCGGCCGAGGCGGCCACCACGGCCGCGGCGUUACCCCACAGCGGUGCCUCGGAGCUGGGAUCAGCAUCUGCCAACAGCACCCAUGCGAGUGGGACAACGCUGUCCUGCACCUUGUGUCACGAGAGACUGGAAGACACACACUUUGUCCAGUGUCCGUCUGUGCCGGGACACAGGUUCUGCUUCCCCUGCACCCGAAUGUAUAUCCAGGGUCGGCGGGGCGACGGGGAGGUGUAUUGCCCCAGCGGGGAGCGCUGUCCACUGGACAACUCUCCCAACAGCCCCCCGUGGGCGUUCAUGCAGGGUGAGGUGUCCACCAUCCUGGGCACCGGUGGAGCCGGAGCUGGAGCGACGGCGGCGGCCUCGGCGGCGGCCGCAGCGGGUUCGGGGCCCGGAGCUGCGCCCACGUCUGGAGCGGGGAGCGGAGCGGCAUCCGGAGCCGGGGCCGGGGCCGGGGCCAGCGCCGGGACCGGGAGCGGGGAUGUCACGGUGAAAAAAGAGAGGGAGACGUGAUGGUGGUUUAUGCCGCCAGUAGGACCGAACACAGCAACAGGAUCGUACCAAUACCUGAAGAUGUCUGCGCUGGAACUGCUCAGAGACGCAACACCUCGACUCUCACAUCUGCUCACCUCCAUUAUUCCGUCAAAGGUCCAAACUGCACCUCCAGAACACUCAGAUUUAUCCACCGUCACAGGCACAGUCAUUAUUGUUUGGAUCGACUUUGCCGAAUUUUUUUUGACAACAAUCCUGUUUAUCCGGAUUUAAGAAUGUAAAACAAAGUUUUAUUUGAAUAAGUUUCGUGGCUUUCCCGCACUACUUCUUUGGAUCAGUCAUCAAACGUUGAAUCGAGCAAGCCGCAGACCUGUUCUGAGACCCGUGCACCGGAGCGUGAAGAGCUGAACGGCGUCGGUGUCGUGCUGCUGGAACCUUCUGCUGGUAGUUAAAGCAAUGUUCGCACUUUCAGGUUGAUGCAGCUGAACAUUUCUAGAUGAAAUCAGUUAAAUAAUGCUCAAAAUCUCAAGAACACAGUUAGUAUAGUCCCUGAUAGAAUCUGUAUUCAGUGUUUACAUCGUUUAUUAACUUUGCCACCUUAAUGUUUUUUAACUACAAUCAAAGAGAAAGGUUUUCUCUGUAUACUGUAUUGUCUGCGGCCCUGACGAUCCACCAGUUAAUAUACAACCAUUAUUGGCUCCUCGUGCCUGUUGUGACAGUGUUCAUUGCUUUAACUGACCCUUCAUACACUUCCUGCCAGUGUAGCUUUGAUCGCUGCCGAACUCUCAGCGUUAAGCACAAAAUCCCAGCACUGACGCUGAAGAGCGAGCCGGGUGGGAUUCCACACAGCAGCGCACGCACGCACACACACACACGCGCACACACACACACACACACACGGCCACAGCUCUGACUAACUCGGUCCUAACGGUUCGACCGUCUGUUUCAUACCAAACGCCAAGUUCUCUGCCACGGCGCCAUCCGGGUCAGAGGCGGGCGGGCGGCGAGCUCGGCCGCCCGUUUCUGAUCGGAAUGUAGCCUCUUCAAGUUACAACUGACACGAAACUCACAGCUCUGGUGACAAAGUUCACCUCUGAUUCGAGCGCUUUGUGUUCCCCUGCUUUAAGACUGAAUCAUCGUCCUGUUUCAAACAUUCGAACCGACUCGAGAUGCGGACAGAAAGCCAGUAACGACGUUUUCUCUGUGCGCCAGUGCUUUUUUUUUUUUUUUCUUUUCUUUUUUGUUUUUGUUGCUUUAUUUGUCGUCAGCUUUCAAGGAAGCCGACGCGGAGAAAGGAGAAUGUUUGCUGUGCAGAGUGAAGCCUUGGACGCCUCCACCAGCCUGCAGAGACUCUGUUCAACUGUAUUUAAAUGUCGCUUUCACACAGGAUCCAGCCCAGCCUACGCUUUACCCCGAAUGUAUACUAAAAAGAUAUCUAUUGAUAGGCCUAGGACUAUAUUUUAUACUAGAAUGUUAAAUGUUAUAUACUGUAAAGAACUGUAAUAGUAUGUAUGUGCAAUCUUUAGUCAUAGUAUAUGCAACCGUUUGAAAUAUGUAAUGAAAUAAGUGCGUAUCAUUUCUCUAACCUUUUGUUUCCUAAAGGGAGAAUCCAUCCAAAGCAGAGGAGUUCCUCGAUUUAAUUCACUUUGAUUUCCACUUAUAAUCACAAAAGAAAUGUUCAUCGCAACACUUGUUCGGUGGGUUUUAACCUUUUUUUAUUUUUUAUUUUUUGCCAAAACAGUGGUGAACAUACAAGAACUGCGCUGCUCCAAAUUCUAGAAAGCGUCUUUAUCUACUCUUACUUUGACGUGUGCAAUUAUUUUUUUUUUUUUUAGUUUGGAGGCAAAGCCUCGGACGCCCUCUGGAAAGCCACAAAGGGGGUCCCAGACCCCAGGUUUGGAACCACUGUUAUUUGUAACGUGUGCGGUCAUAGUUGUUUUUGACUUCAGACACGUAAAAAGUGCAGGGAUAUCACAUUUCAAUCUGAAUAAUCCAACAGUCUGAUGGUCGUGUUGUGGGUGGAUUCUCUCUUUAUGUGCCGUCGGUACUGAUCAGUACACAAGCACAGACAAACCAAAGGUAACUUUAUGCCCAAACUGAUGUCUCUGGAUGUAAACGUUUCACGGUUGAAAGAAAACCCCUGGAGCAUUAUAGCUCUCCCUCAUUUCCAGGCCCGCGUGUUCUCCUGUGCGUCUGCGUCUCCAGCUUCUGUGACGAGAGAGCGUCCCGCAGGUCAGGUCUAAUAUGCACUGAUACGUCAUGCAAUCCCUGGUUAAGUGCCUUUUCUCAGAUGUUUACCAUCCGUGUGUGUGUCCGGGAACCUCAGGGGAAGUAGGAGUGCAGUGGCUUCUUUCAUGUUUCCCUCCCAUCGCCCGUCAGGCGGCUCCUUGCUUUUUACCCGAAGCCUUUGUUUAAAAAAAAAAAAGAAAUAAAAAGAAGAAAAAAAAAUGACAGGCCAUUUUUUGUUUUCUCUGCAUCCUUCUUUUUUUGGUCAAGUUAUAUGUGACUUUUUUUGUAGAUCUGUUGGUUUCCUUGCAGCUUCAUGUACAAAAUAGAAACCAGGAAUAAAUUGAAUGGAAACUUGAA